GGCUGGUCGGUGCUGGGUCGUUCUGAGUGCGAUGAUCGGUACCUUCCCACAACGUUACUUUGUGUGUACUUGACAAACAAGUAUUUUGUUUGUGUCUUGUGAUUUCACUCGAGCUGCAGCAUUUCAUCUGGUUGGUCACUUGCAGACCUGUGUAUGACAAGAUGGUCGUCAAGAAACAAGCAGAAGUUAAACUUCUUUGGUUGGUGCCGUACUUUCUGCAGUAGGAGGAAGUUGUACUUCCUUAGCUGCAUGCUGUUAAGGAUGAUGCUGCGUGGCCGGAAGCUGCACGUGGUCUGCUUGCUGGCGCUGCUCAGCGUUCUGCUGCUGGCCGUGUACCAGGUGCGGCCGCAGCUGUACGUCUACAGCACCGAACCGCUUUCGACCGACGGCGUGCCAGAGAUGCGGAUGGCGCCGAUCCUGGCCUGCCCACCGGUGCUGGUCGAGUCGGUGCAGCGGCCUCGGCCGGCGACCGCGUCCGCCCUGCAGCGGGUGUACGUCAUCACGCCCACCUACCCGCGCGCCGUCCAGGUGCCCGAGAUGACGCGCCUGGCGCAGACCCUCAUGCUGACCUCCAACGUGUUCUGGGUGGUGACCGAGGACGCGCCGGUGCUCACGCCGGCCAUCACUGAGAUCCUGCAGCGCUCCGGACUGCCGCACGUCCAUCUUCUCGGUUUGAAGCCCGAAAAAUAUUCUCGCAAGGACUUUAAGGGUCCAGUUCCAAGAGGCGUAUCCAACCGCAUGGCGGCGAUUGAAUGGCUGCGGAAAAACGCCGAAAGGGGGGUCUUCUACUUCGCUGAUGACGACAACACUUACGACUACCGCCUAUUUGAAGAGCUCGCCAAGACGAAGCGCGCCUCGGCCUUCCCCGUGGGUCUGGUGACCCAGUUCGGCCUGAGCACGCCGGUCGUAGAAAACGGAGUCCUCACUGGCUUCUACGACGGCUGGACAGGCGGUCGCACCUUCCCUAUGGACAUGGCCGGUUUUGCAGUCAGCGUGGAGGUGCUGCUGCAGCAUCCAAAGGCGGCCAUGCCGUUCAAGGCGGGUUAUGAGGAGGACGGUUUCCUGAAAUCGCUCGGUCUGAAGAAAGAGGAUCUGGAGCCGCUGGCUGACAACUGCACCAAGAUCAUGGUGUGGCAUACGCAGACCAAGCAACCGAGGGUGCCGUUCUCCACCGUCAACCUGCAGAAGUACCGCAACACCAACCUGGAAGUACUGCGACACGUGGUCAAUCCCAAGCCCAGUUCCUGGCGCUCCCCGCCGGCACCCGUGCGGCGACCGGCGCCUCCCGUCCGGCCCAGUGUCGCCAUCCUGACCACUUCCGGCCCUCGUCCGAGUCGCCCCGGCACCGCCACCGUGCGGCGGACUUGGCUGCCCGCCCGGCCUGUGCUCCGGCCCGACCCCGCCGGACGCCGGACGAACACUUCGCGCGGCUCUCGGCGCCCCCUGGUGACCUGGCCCGGCUUCACGCGGAUGAGGUCAGCCAGCCCUGGCAGCAGGACUGCCCCCGGACCGGCCCUGGCCCGGCCGGCGACGCCGGCUCAACCAAAACGGCGCCGGCGGCCGACGACGUCCCAUUCUCAGCCGGACUUCUCAGCCGGCAGCGUCAGCUCUGUCUCGGCAGUGGAGACGGGCGUCGCCGCAGGCGUCAAACGCGCUCUCAGCGUCCUGCCGACGCCUCAGCUCGCGGCUGGCACCCGUGGCAUUACGCCGCAGCGUGGAGCAGGCCCACCUGACGCGAUCGGCGCCGUCUUGACGGACCUCACCGCAGUGCAGACCAGGCCGGAGGACAGCCUGAGCCACGGCUCUCCGCGGCCGUUGCAACAGCCGCAGGCGCCGGCGAGCGGACCGCCGACCGGGCUGGAGCCAACGACCGUGGAUGAGAUGACGGCCGGUGACAGGCCCGGAGCCACGUCGGUGCGGGCUGUGGACGGUAGCGGCUCCGACGACGGCCACUCCGCCCCACAGUUGCCUGCUGUGGCGUUAGCGCUCGCCCGCAGCACCUCCACACCCGGCGCGGUGCUGUUUGAAGAUGAGAUGUUCUAACGGCGCCGUGAACUGGUAGGCGCUGACAACGUGAAACUCUGCGGAUUUAGCCGGAGAGGACAGGCUCGUCGUAGUCCGGGACACCUUAAAAACGACUGCGUCACGUGCACUAAAAUGUGCAGGCUUAAUUGCCUUGCGGUUGAAUCAACAUGAUGUCUAGUUUUCGUUUGACCUUUGUAAUGCUUAGUUGACGUCAUGGUAUCAGCGAAGAGGUUAAGUUUUUGUGACGUUUUGCUUUCAUUUGGUCAUGACAACGUUCAGCCGGCGUCAUGUUAUCAAGGUAGGCAUUCAUGGGUGCUGCAUGGCCAUUUGUAUUUGACGUGUCCUUAAACUCCAACCCACCAACCACCAAGGAAAGCAGUCAUAGCAGUAAAUGGGCCCGCCGUCUACACCAUCACUCGGCGCCAUUUGCAUUUGUCAUUUGCUUUGCAGAUGUCAUCACGGACAGUUCCUGGAACCCUCAGUACUACGCGAGUAUUUCGUGGCCUACGACACUAACUGAUGUACAGCACCCAGCAUCAAAUAAUUGUCCAGUAUUGAGCCAGGCGGUUUGGCUCGCAUAUUGACCGUUGGGACCCCGCAGCUCAACACGCUGGUUUGGAAUGCCACCUGCCGCUGGCUUGGCAGCGACUGUACGUGCUGUGGCACGGCGGUUUAUGAACCGCCGUAUGACGCGUGAUGUUUGUGCCAGGACUCGGCUCUGGGAAGUGCUCAGCGGGUUGGCGGUGCAGUGUGCAUCGCCCGUUCAAAGGUCGAUGGCAUCACUGAACGCAGGAUUGUUCCGCUCAGACUGGCUACAUACAAUGAGCAUCUCCGGCUAUCUCUCAAGAAUGGCUAUUUUUGUCGCCGAAACUUUCUUCCAACCUGCAGUGAUUACUUCGCUUCAUGCGAUGUGUUGGAGGUUCCGUCGCGGUUGGUGUGCUCAUGCUUGAGCUCACGCCCGUGUUGAUGUGUCAUAUAAUAAUAGCCCGUAGUUCCGUAGAUGCAUUCCCCUGGCGCAGACGGCAAACCGGCUUGACCAAUACAGGCCACAAAGCAAGCAGCGGUGACUCUCGCACGCGCGACACCCCUCGACAGCAGUGGGAAGACUUAUCACGUUUUCCCUGCUGCAUUUCGAGGUUGGCGAUCCGACGGUGAUGUGAAGCGGUGGUUUGCCUGCCUGUUGUUGUCAGGUCCCCAGGGCCGCCGCCGCCGCCCGCGACUUUCGGAGGCGGGCAGGACUCGGAGGAGUGCAGGGGCCCAACCGGGGCGAUCUCGCACCCGAGACGAAUACUUGAUGUUGGAUCAGCAGACCGGACAGUCUCGCAAAAACUCGCAGGCCGGGUGGGCAGAGGGCGGUUUUUCCCCGACGGGAGACCUCAGGGUCGCAUCGGCGCGGCCAUGGAAUGGAGGGGUCGCCGAGUCUAGAGGCAUCGAAGUUAGCCUGUCCACCGUGUCAGCUGCGGCAGCCGUUCGGCCUCGUGGAUCAGUGGCAGCGUGCUCCACUGGCAGUCUCCGCUGGCCAGAGGGCUGCCCUGAAGGUCCGGUUUGGUCUACAGUCUGGAGUGCGCUGUGCGGUGUUUGUUAGCAAACAUGUGUUUUCCGGCAUACAACAGCGCGUCCUUAGUCCUGCCUGCCUAGUGCGCUUUUAUGUGUUAAGAGAUGACGCUGAGUAAGCGUGCUCAGUCAACGUCUGCAGUAUGCAAUGGUUUCGGGUGCGUUGGUUGGUGAAAGCGCCGGAGAUGACGGAGCUAAUAUGACAGAUUUGUCGGAAUCAUUGGUUUUAACUCUACCUGUCGUUGGUUUACCGGACAUGAAGUCCAUGGGCAUGCGAACUACAAAUUCCAAGAAUCGCCAAUUCUUUAACAAAGUGGAUUGUUGCCUGCUACGCUCUUUUUCCUUUUUUGUCUAUCAGGUACCCGCGGCCACUCCUGGUUACGCACUACGCCAGAUGCAGCUGUGUCCUCGUCCCCGUUGAUAACACGAGCAGGCAGAUUGGUUGUCUGGACACGCUCAAGCUCAGUCGCAGGGCGUGGGGGACAGCACACCUGUCGUUUUCACCGCGGGAGCUCCCAUAAAGUCAGAGGAGGGGACAUGACGUGUUAAGAACCAUUUGGUUCGAGCAAAACCAUGCGGCUAAUGUUUCACCUUCUUGUAUCAUCAGGUAGAGGGGCAAACAUUCCUCCGGGCUUCCACACCCUUGUCUCUGUGUGAAUCCGAUAACAGAACUGUUUGGGUGCGAAAUAGGCUCGUGGUGUGGGCGGGUCCACCCUGGUCGCGCUAGAUACCACGUAGAUGCAUCGAUACCAAGUUAACAGCAUCGCCGUACAAGACGGCGAUAGCACACAGCUGUCAUGUGGUCAUGAGCCCGAUCGUACCCAUUUGCCGCACUCCUGAUACACGACCCACUAGUAGUGUCCGCACAUAUCAGCACACCGGGGUACGUGCCCUCUCGUACCAUGUUAAUGAUGUGCGGUCUUAUGUUUGUAACGAGAUUUUAGCGGUUAAAGUUUUUUGGUAGACACACAUAUAAGAGCAGCGAGAACGAGCGACGGUAUUUGCGUCACGUAAUAUAUUGCGCACGUCUGCGGUCCUCUCAACUCGGUUUUCGGAUUUGAAACUGCACCCCAUGUGUGAAAUCCUGUGUGCCUCUGCUUUCCCUCUGCCAAAUGUCUUCGCAAUGGAGCGUAAGCUCCGGUCAACCAAUGAAAAAGGCACUCCUGUUUCUCUUUCGCGUGCAGCAGCAGACCCAACGAACGGUUUCUCCCCAGAUUUGGCCCAUUUUUCUUGCAAAAUUAGGAGGCUAGAGCUGAAGUUGGGCAUGAGCAGGACACUAUAACCCCGCAUGUGACCGCCUCUAGCCACGUAUGGCAAGAUCAGCGAUCAGCGAAACUGUACAGCACGUUGAAAGACAAUUUUGCGACUCAAGCAGGCCGUACCGGGUCGCUUCACAGCCAAAUAUGUGUGCUGGUGGUCACAAUGCCGUUGGGACAUUGUGUUAUAAUACUGUGCGUCGCUUGGUGCCAGCCCCGACAACGCCCUGAGUGACUUGGAGAGGACCUGCUUUCGUACCAUGCUCCUUGCCAGGAGAUAUCAAUGCAACAUUUCACAAAUCUGAAUUGCCAUUGCAAGCAAAGCCUGGUCGGAUGGCGUGCAGCAAGUACGCUGUUGGAACUGGACGAUUCCAUUACGAAUAUUUCAAGCCCGAAUGGAGACUGCGGACCUUGGGAAGGGGCUGACACGAAGCCGUUAGGGUAAAACGAUCCCAGAAAUAAACAACUAAAACCGCCACCUGCCUGAAUCCUCCAGCGCGUUUCUGAAGAUCACUAACUCUUGUUUUGCCGUCUUAACAUUUAUUUUGUUUGAGUUAAGCCUGC